CGAAUCACAUGCUGGGAACGAGAGAGAUAUAAAACCGAAAUGUUGCCUAAAAAUGUGCUUAGUAGCGCGUCACGAUUCAAGAACGACGGAGAACGGGCGGCGCGCGAGAUGAAGUUGAAAAUUUGUGCGUUUCUUUUCGUUUUAAUCACGAUUCAAAUCGUGAAGUGUCAAGAUUUGGAACCGUUUCAGUUAGAUGAAUAUUUAAAUGGAGCUUUUUCUAAUAAAGGUUUUAAUGGAGUUUGGAUGUCAGGGACCGAAUUUUAUUAUAAAGACAGCACAAAUAAUAAUGUAUAUAUCUACAAUGUAGAAGCCCCGGAGGAAUCUAAUUUGUUAUUCGAAAGCGAUGUCUUAAGCAAUUAUAAAGGUGCCACUUUUACUUUAUCGCCGGAUACAAACUUUAUUCUUAUUAGACAUAAUUCUCAAUCGAUUUUUAGACAUUCCACAGUAGCUCAAUUCACCGUUUACGGAUUAUUAUCAAAACAAUAUUUUGACUUAGCCAACGAAGAACUUUUGCAAUACGCUUCUUGGUCACUCGAAGGAAGCAGUAUCGCUUAUGUUUUAAACAACAACAUUUAUUACGUAUCAACACCAUCAAAUGUAACAAAACCAGUCCAAAUUACGAGCAAUGGCGAAAACGGUGUUAUAUACAAUGGAAUCCCCGAUUGGGUGUACGAAGAAGAAGUGUUAUCUGCUGGAUCAGCUAUUUGGUGGUCACCAGAUGGAAGUCACAUAGCUUUUGGUUAUUUCAACGAUGAAAAAGUAGAAGAUUUUACCUAUUUUAUGUAUGGAGGUGAUGAUCCUACAGAAGACCAAUAUCCAAAAGUUGUUACAUUGAAAUAUCCAAAGGUUGGAACAAGAAAUCCCGAUUUUGAAGUAAAAGUUGUAUCAUUAUCCGACCCUACUAAUAUAAAAACUCUUAAUGUUCUUCCAAGUGGUGCAUUAUCGAAAGAUUACGUUCUUUUCGAUGUUACUUGGGCUACAAACGAUGAAGUUGUUGUAGUGAUCGAGAAUAGAAUACAAAAUCAAGCAACGAUUAGAAGAUGUAAAUUAUCAGAAACAACUUGUGAUAUUGAAAAUGAAUUCGUUGAAAAUAAAGGUUGGUUAGAAAUCGAAGCUCCCUAUUAUAGCCUAGAUGGAACUAAGUACAUAAUGGUCACAUCCCAACCGGAAGAUGAUGAUUCUUAUCAACAUUUGGUGAUGUAUGAUGUUUCAAGUAAAUCACCGACCAGAUUAACUCAUGGUAAAAGAGUUGUUUUAAAUAUUUUGGGUUGGGAUGAAACUAGAAAUUUAAUAUUUUAUGUUGGAACACCAAGUAAUAGCCCAUUCCAAGAACACGUUUACUACUACAACAUAACCGAUAAAGAAGAUAUUUGUAUAACAUGCAGCUUAAAAACUCCAGAAGGAGAUUGCGAAUUUGCUUCAGCCUCUUUUAGUACCGAUUAUUCCUAUUUUGUUGAAAUGUGUCGAGGACCCGGACCUAAUUACAUAGUAAUCAACUCAGUUGAUGGUUUUAAUACAGCGUACCCUUACGAAACCAACGACGUUUUAAGAGAAAAAUUAUUAAAAAAACAAUCAAUGCAAAUUAUAAAUCACGAUUUUAUCUUGGAAAGUGGUUUCACAGCCAAAGCACGAUUACUUCUUCCUCCGGAUGCAGACCAUACCGGACUCACAAAAUACCCGAUGAUCGUUAAUGUUUACGGCGGUCCGGAUUCGACUCAAAUUUCCGACAGAUUUUCGACCGGAUUCCAAAACUACAUCGUCACAAAUCGCCGAUACAUCUACUGUUACAUCGACGGCAGAGGAAGUGGAAACAAAGGUGAUAAUUUACGGUUUCAGAUUUAUAAAAAAAUGGGCACCGUUGAAAUCGAAGAUCAAAUCGCUGUUACCAAAGCCCUUAGAGAUACAUUUUCAUUCAUCGAUCCCGAACGUAUCGGAAUUUGGGGUUGGAGUUACGGCGGAUUUGCCACGGCAUGGGCUUUAGUUAAAGAUGUUGAAAAUGUUUUUAGAUUUGGGUUGUCGGUUGCACCAGUUACAGAUUUUCUUUUAUACGAUACCAUUUACACCGAAAGAUAUAUGGGGUUACCUGAUGCAGAUGAUAACCAAUUAGGUUAUAAUAGAACCGAUUUAUCCAGAGAAGUUGAAAGUUUAAGAGAUAAAUCGUUCUUUUUAAUCCAUGGAAAUGCUGAUGAUAACGUUCAUUAUCAACAAUCAAUGAUUUUAUCGAAAGCUUUAGAACGUGCCGACAUAAUGUUUUAUCAAAUGAGUUAUCCAGAUGAAAAUCAUUCAUUAAACGGAGUAUCUCCUCAUUUAUAUCACACAAUAGACCGUUAUUGGGCGAGAUGUUUUGGGCUUCCAGAUCCACAAUACCCAAAAAAGGACUAAAACAAAAAUGUUAAUAUUAAGAACAAAAAUUGGUUGUACAUAUUAAAUAUCAUUGCAACGUUUAAUAAAAAGUUUAAUAAAAAGA